AAUAAAAAUGUUGCGUACAAUUAAAUUAAAAAAUAACAUCAAAAGCUAAAUACUAUCAACUGCUGCCACAACUAAAAAAUCCAAACAGAAAUAAAAAAGCCAAAAAAUCCAAUCUCCCUUAACAACCGCAACAAUAGACAACAACUAAAGCAACAACGACAACUACAACAGCAACAACAACAGCAACAACAAUAACUCCAACUGCGACUAUCACCGACAAAUACAACUGGCAAUUUUGUAUUAAUUUUAUUUGCGAAUACAUUUUGCUGCGUGUUUUAAAAAUUUACAUAGAAACCAACACCAAAACAAGCAACAACAAUAGCAACAAGAGCUACAACUACUACUGGAUGACAACACGGAGUACAUGAAGAGGGUCCUGGUUAACUGCUGACCCAGCCAGCCUACGACUUUAGAUGUGCUCCUUGGGUCACACAUUCAAUUUAAAUCCGCAACUGAAGAGGACGCCACGCCCACAACGAGAACACAAAUUACACAAUUUUAUUCAACAAAAAGCAAAAACUAAAUAAACAACAAGAAAAAGAACAACAUUAGUGAUAUGGAACUGUGCAUAGCAAUAAGGUCAAAAGCUCAAAGUUCAAUGCAUCAAAGCAACUAUCAAAAAUGCCACCAAAAUCAAAUGAAUCAAGUGAAUACUCAAGUAAGCAGACACAAAAGCCACAGAGAUCGAGACCACCUUAAAAAGCAACAACAAAACCAACGAGCAACUUCACAAAUUAGCAAAAACCACAUCAAUAUUAACUAUUGCUUUACACAAUGCCACAGAGCCCAUUUGCUGAUCCUGCUGAUCCUGUUGAUCCUGCAGCAUUCGGCGGCGACUCCAGCCACUGGCAGCAGUCGACGCGAUGCUCUGCUCGCCUAUUACAAACGCGCCCAACUGCGUGAAAGCGACUCCUAUGGCAUCCAGGAGUAUCAUCUACACGAAGGUGCCGCCAUCGACUUUGACGAUCUGUCGCCCACGGGCAGCGUUGUGUCUGCUCUCAGCAAUGCGGAGCGUCUGCGCAAACGUAGCGCUACCUCAACCACAGCUCAGACUGCACCGCCAGCAACAACAGCAGCUCCCACAACAGCAACAGCAACAGAGACACCACCAGGCAGCAGCAAAGCACAGGAGAAAUGUGAGCCCAAAGUGCUGGAAUCGCUGCCAGAUGAGCCGUUUUACGACUUCUCCGAGUUGGCUGCGGACGCAGCACGCCAAUUUACAGAAUUCCUGUCAAAUAAAUUUCCAAAUGCCAACACGCCCAUUGCCAUUGAUGAGCUGACCCGCUCGGAGGUUAGCCGGCGAGCCAAUUCCAUUGCCAGCUAUGCCCUCAACGAGGAUGACAAUCUUCUGGCCUUUGCCAUUGCAGCGCCCAGUAUACACACAGUUGUGGUGAAAUUCAGAGAGAAUGUGACGAUACCACCGAAUCAGGUGCAUAAUAAGGCAUAUUUGGGUUCCUAUUGGCGUGAGUUGGGGUCCGCCUGGAACAGCAGCGAUGGCACGCAGGAAUGGGGUGCACCUUUUCGUGACUGCAACCUGUUGACGGGUCGCUGGUUAUGGCCAUUCCGCAUAUCCCUCACCGAGCACCGAAUCAAAAUUGUGGCAGCUGCAUUUGUCGCCGCUGAUGAGGAUGUGUGCAACGAUGGCCUGGAGGAAGUCUUUGGACGACGCCAUGGCUGCGAUCGUAACACCACAUUUUGCCUGGUGACUGAAAGUAAACCGAUGGCAACUCGAGAUGUUUACACGUGUCUGUGCCGCGAAUCCUUUUACCUGCCAAAUUCCACACUGCAAGGCUUUCGCGGUGAUCUGGCUGAGCUGAGCGAGGGCUUUGAUAACUUCUCCUGUGUGCCGUGUCCAGGCGCUUGCACAAACUGCGAUCUGCAUGGCGUUUGCCUCACCUUCCAGGAGGAGGAUGCACUCAACAUAGAUGCCUGUCUGCGUCUACUUGUUGCUAUUGUUUUGGCCGCGUGUAUUCUGUGCUGUGUCGUCUUGAGUGUCAUUGUGUUUAGACAACGCAAAUGCAGGGCAAUUGCCUCGGGAAUGUGGACUGUGCUGGAGACCAUUCUUCUUGGCAUUGUUUUACUUUAUGCAUCGGUUACCGUCCAUUUCUUUCCCGCCUCCACCGAGAGAUGUAUACUGGAGCCUUGGCUACGUGAGAUUGGCUUCAUCACUUGCUAUGGCGCCAUUAUAUUGAAGCUAUAUCGACAUCUCGUCGACUUUCGCACACGCAAAGCUCAUCGCUGGGUGUUGCGAGAUGUUGAUCUGCUCAAGUAUUUAUGCAGCAUGGUCUUUGCUGUCAUUUGCUAUAUGGCUGCAUUUACCGCCUCAUCGAUGGAUCUGCUGGAGAGCGCUCAGCUGGAGAGCUUACGGGAAGCCAGCACCAACACUUGUCAUCCCCUCAAGUGGGAGCUCGUAACACAGGCCAGCGAGAUGCUCAUACUGUGCUUUGGCCUCCAUUUGGCCAUUGCCAGUCGCAAUGCCAAUACACAGUUUCGGGAGCGACAAUUUCUGGUUAUAACGCUGACGAUGGAGUUUCUUGUCUCGUCCAGUUUCUAUUUCCUACGCUUCGUCUACUUGCCGGAAAUGAGUCCCAGCGCCAUUUUGUUGGCACUAUUUGUGCGUUCGCAGCUGACGAAUAGCUUUGCGUUGGGUUUGAUAUUUGUGCCAAAAUUGUGGUAUCAACACAAGCAGGUUCGUUCACUUGCGUACGAUCUAUCAAUGCGUUUACCUGUGGAUGCUUUCAAGGGUACGUCACAUGACGCCGGUCAACGCUUGGGCGGCGGCUAUGCGGGUCUAUGUCUGGGCGAUCCUGAUAUUGGUGAGCUGACCAUAUCCGAAAUGAGUCCCGAGGAUAUCCGUGCCGAACUUAAAAGACUGUACACACAACUGGAGAUACUGAAGAACAAGACCCUUCGUCAGGAUAAUCCGCAUAUUAGUAAAAGACGCGGGGGUCGCAAGACGGGUCAUCGUCGCUUCUCAUUGCAAAAAAAGGGCAGCAAAGAUAAGGCUUUAAGUGCCAAACAUCGCAACAAUAAGAAUCAUCAGGAUAAUGAAAUAACCGAGGCAGAACCAUCACCUACACCCGAGGACUCAGUCUGCAGUGGGGAGGGACCGACCGAUACCUAUGCUGAAAUAUCGGGCAUAUCGCAUUCAAUGCUAUCCCAUUCCAUGGUCUCUCAUUCCGUUGUCUCGCAUUCAAAGUAAAUCAAUGAUAUGCGGCUAUCCCACAAAAAUUGUAUAUAACUUUAUGAAA